AUGUUCUGUCAUGUCGUUGUUCUAUGUUCAAACAGUGAAUCAAGUAGUGUGUUUUCUCUUAUGUAUUUAUUUAUGCGCACGCCGACAGUCGUGGAAUCAGCGGAACGUCGCGUGGGACGCUAUCGGAUUUUAUCAGAGUCAGAAUUACCAAGUUCUGGACAUUUAUUUCCAUCGUGA